AUUAGAAUUGUAUUCGAUUUAGCUACGGAAGGUUCGUGCGUUAUACGCGUUUCGUUUUUUCACUAAAAAGAAAAGAUCAAUUCAAUAAAUGUUAUUUUCCUACUGUUCCCUUUGAAUACUAUUAAAAAAUACCCAGAAAAUUCGAAUUCAAAAUAAUCAAAUUCGUAAAUCGCAGGGAAAAUCGUUCUGAAGUACGCGUAACGUAAUAUGACGAAAAUUUCGGGCGUUCGAAUAUGAAAAAUUUGAGUGAGAGUUGAAGGAAAAUUUGCUAUCCUUUCGUGGUACGGGUUUGGUGUGGAUAAUGAAGAAAUAGUGGAAAAAACCUGUUCCGUUACGAAAUAGGCCUGGAUAGUGAUUAAAGAAAUAUUGGAAAACCCCAGUCGUCGUCCUUUUUUGUGAGACUACUCUCUGCUCAACUUUUCCUAUGUAUGCCUUCUCCUCUGCGCUCUCUAUGUAGAUGCGAAUAGAAUACAAUACAGUAAAACAAAACAGAAUACGGAAUGAUACAGUGUAGAGGCGAGAAUGUAAUUCGGAAGUGGAGAGACGCGCUAUUAGAAUUCUUUUAGUAUUUCGGGGAAGAAAGAAACAAGUUUUGUUGGCGGAAAAAUCCAAUUCCCUGUUUGCUCUCCAGAAAUUGGGUCUUAGGGCUAAUUCGCCUAUUUAUCUGAAAUACACAGGUUUUACCGUCUUGCACAUGUUCCAAGGAUGCUGAACAAUGAAAAAUUCCGUUUAGAGUUCUUGUGAUGGGAUUAUACCGCAAACAAGUGUUACUAAAUCGUAAAAAUUAAAAACAGGAUAAACGUAAAUAAAAGAUAUUAAAUUGUGCCUGAAACGUGUUGUAUAGUUUGUACUCCGUUUAUUUAUUCCGAAGCUGCACGCUAAUCUCGAUUUGCUAGCGAUAAAGCAAAAUUGUAAUAUAAAAACCGAUUUAAUAAGAUUUCAUUCGUGGUUUGGAUGUAGUGCGCAAUUUUGUUCUUAUUUGCCUAGAAAAAAAUAUUUGUGCAUUGUAAUGUUAUCGAUAUUACUUGCACGAACAUCAGCUCCGCUCGGCAUUGUUUCUCAUAUUUGUUAAAAGAAAAUUUUUUAUAGUAUUUACAUACAUACAAUAUCGAUUCGCCUGUUUUUCGUUGGAGUGAUUCUUUCGUUGGCAAGUGCUUUAUUGAAUAAAAGAAAAAUACCUUCGCUAACCAUCAGUAAAUCCGAUUAAUAUUAUUUGAAAAUUCUUCAUGCUGAAACAGACAACCUUGUUUAAUUUAGUACAUCAUACAAUUACCGCAAAUACAGAAAAUAUAGUGAGUUUAUGAAGAAUGGUCGGUGGAAAAUGUAAUUACCAUAAUAAUAAGUGAUAAAAGAAUAUAUUUAAAUAAGGCAAAUAUAUAUGUAUAGUAAUAGAAUUGCGUAGUUUUCAUCUGAAGUCGAUUUCAGAUGAAAAUUUUAUAAAUUUAUUAUAAAAAACCGCCGUGAGAUUAUCUUAAGUGUAAUAAAACUAAAAGUGAGAUUAUCUAGAGUGCUUACCAAUUUGCAGUGUUGCUUGGUGACUUAAAUGUAGAUGGUGUUAAUUGAUGUGCCGCUUUACAAGGUGAAUGUUGGCAACCCUGGAGUGCCUCGGUGUUGUAGCGUGUACUAGGGGAUGUCGGCUUGUGACGAUACAGCAGUUGAUCCAUUAUCAGCAGAAACAACCGAUACACCAUAUGGAACCGACGAUUGUCUUAAAGUGCGAAAAUGGUGGUGCUUUCUCUUAUCCAGCAUCUUCACAUUUCUGGCUGGACUCUUGGUUGUACUGCUAUGGCGCGCGUUUGCAUUCAUAUGCUGUCGCAAGGAGCCCGAUCUGGGACCAAACGAUCCGAAACAGAAAGAACAGAAAGCAUCGCGACAAAACAAACAAGAAUUCGAGGGAACUUUUAUGACAGAGGCGAAAGAUUGGGCUGGCGAACUUAUAUCCGGUCAAACAACAACUGGUCGAAUUUUGGUGGUGCUCGUUUUUAUACUCAGCAUUGCAUCCCUUAUUAUUUAUUUUAUCGACGCAUCUAGUGAGGAAGUGGAGAGAUGUCAAAAGUGGAGUAAUAACAUUACUCAGCAAAUCGAUCUCGCAUUCAACAUAUUUUUUAUGGUCUACUUUUUUAUACGAUUCAUAGCAGCAUCUGAUAAGCUGUGGUUUAUGCUAGAAAUGUACAGUUUCGUAGAUUAUUUUACAAUACCCCCGUCCUUUGUAUCAAUAUAUUUAGAUCGGACAUGGAUCGGUCUUCGAUUUCUUCGAGCGCUACGUCUUAUGACUGUACCCGAUAUUUUGCAAUAUUUAAAUAUAUUGAAAACCUCGAGCUCAAUUCGCUUGGCUCAAUUAGUCUCAAUUUUUAUAUCAGUAUGGUUAACAGCAGCAGGCAUCAUACAUUUGCUGGAAAAUUCUGGAGAUCCACUCGAUUUUAACAAUCCACAUCAACUAUCCUACUGGACGUGUGUAUACUUUUUAAUUGUGACGAUGUCGACGGUAGGGUAUGGUGAUGUUUACUGUGUAACUGUUUUAGGCAGGACAUUUCUAGUGUUCUUCCUACUUGUCGGUUUGGCGAUAUUUGCAAGUUGUAUACCAGAGAUAAUAGACUUGAUUGGAACAAGACCCAAAUAUGGGGGCACAUUGAAGAACGAACGGGGUCGAAGACAUAUUGUCGUUUGCGGUCAUAUAACAUACGAGUCAGUGUCGCAUUUUCUCAAGGAUUUUCUACAUGAGGAUCGUGAAGAUGUGGAUGUUGAAGUAGUGUUUUUACAUCGAAAACCGCCUGAUUUGGAAUUAGAGGGUCUAUUCAAACGACAUUUCACAACAGUGGAGUUCUUCCAGGGAACAAUAAUGAAUCCAAUCGAUCUGCAGAGGGUUAAGGUACACGAAGCUGACGCCUGUUUAGUUUUAGCAAAUAAAUACUGUCAAGAUCCAGACGCUGAAGAUGCUGCCAAUAUAAUGCGAGUUAUUUCGAUAAAAAAUUACAGUGACGACAUUAGAGUUAUUAUACAAUUAAUGCAAUAUCACAAUAAGGCGUAUUUACUAAAUAUUCCUUCGUGGGAUUGGAAGCAGGGAGACGAUGUGAUUUGUUUAGCUGAACUGAAAUUGGGUUUCAUCGCACAAAGCUGUCUAGCACCCGGUUUUUCAACCAUGAUGGCGAAUCUAUUUGCCAUGCGAUCUUUCAAAACGUCACCAGAUAUGCAAAUAUGGACGAAUGAUUACUUACGUGGAACUGGCAUGGAAAUGUAUACUGAAACACUGAGUCCUUCAUUCAUUGGAAUGCCAUUUGCUCAGGCAACUGAACUGUGUUUUACAAAACUCAAAUUACUGCUCCUGGCAAUCGAAAUCAAGGGAUCGGAGGAUGGCGUUGACAGUAAAAUUUCCAUCAACCCUCGUGGUGCUAAAAUUCAAGCGAAUACUCAAGGUUUUUUUAUAGCACAAAGUGCUGAUGAAGUCAAAAGAGCUUGGUUCUAUUGUAAGGCUUGUCAUGAGGAUAUCAAAGAUGAAACACUCAUAAAAAAGUGUAAAUGUAAAAAUUUGACUGCACAACCAAGGAACAAAUUUGGUGACUUAGAUGUGGGCAUGAUUAUGAUGCAGACAGGGAUGGUAAAUAAACACGGUCUUAGUACUGCCUGUCACGCAUACAUCGAUGAUGAUCAUCACCCCGCACCCACAUUCACUCCACCAGAACUACCCAAAAGGGUGCAUGUGCGCGGAAUAACAUCGGGCGAAAUCACGAGAGAUAGAGAGGAUAUUAAUUUAAUUAAUCGAAAUCGACGAGCUCCGUCUUCGACAACGAAUGGUGUAACGACUAGUUCAUCUCUACACGUAAAUUCGACGACGAAACAAGUUAACAAAGUGAAACCUGUUAAUCGACAAAGUGCCGAUAAUAUUGUUUCACCUUCUAGCUAUAAUAGGCCUGCAGAACCCGAAGCAAAUCCGUACGCGGGCUAUCAACUUGCUUACGAAGUGAAAAAGCUCAUGCCUACCAGUCGAGGGAGUGGCUCGGGAACACAAAAUACGAACGGUGUCACGUUACCUGCUGGCAUAGCGGAUGAUCAAUCGAAAGAUUUCGAUUUUGAAAAAACCGAAAUGAAAUACGAUUCGACCGGAAUGUUCCAUUGGAGUCCGGCAAGAAAUUUAGAAGACUGCAUAUUGGAUCGGAAUCAAGCGGCGAUGACGGUAUUAAAUGGGCACGUUGUAGUUUGCCUAUUUGCUGAUCCCGAUUCACCCUUAAUUGGACUUAGGAAUUUAGUGAUGCCCCUACGUGCAUCGAAUUUUCAUUAUCACGAACUAAAACAUGUCGUUAUUGUUGGUUCGGUGGACUAUAUCCGACGCGAAUGGAAAAUGUUACAAAAUCUACCGAAAAUUUCGGUCCUAAAUGGAUCACCACUCAGUCGUGCGGACCUCAGAGCAGUCAACGUGAACCUUUGUGAUAUGUGUUGUAUAUUAUCGGCCAAAGUUCCUAGCAAUGACGAUCCAACGUUAGCCGAUAAGGAAGCAAUCUUAGCAUCAUUAAAUAUUAAAGCAAUGACAUUCGACGAUACAAUAGGCGUUCUAAGUCAGCGUGGCUCUGAAUUCGAUAAUUUGAACACGUCAGGUAGUCCAAUUGUUUUACAGAGGCGGGGAUCCGUAUAUGGUGCAAACGUUCCAAUGAUAACAGAAUUAGUUAAUGAUAGCAAUGUACAAUUCUUGGAUCAAGACGACGAUGACGACCCGGAUACAGAACUGUAUUUAACCCAGCCGUUUGCAUGCGGUACUGCGUUCGCCGUUAGUGUAUUAGAUUCCUUAAUGUCAACAACAUAUUUUAAUCAAAACGCCUUAACCCUAAUACGAUCGUUGAUUACUGGCGGUGCAACGCCUGAACUAGAACUUAUAUUAGCUGAGGGUGCUGGCCUUCGAGGUGGCUACAGCACAACCGAAAGUUUAAGCAAUCGUGAUCGAUGUCGUGUUGGUCAAAUAUCUCUGUAUGAUGGUCCAUUAGCACAAUUCGGAGAAUGUGGCAAAUAUGGUGAUCUGUUUGUGGCAGCGCUGAAAUCUUAUGGGAUGCUUUGUAUAGGACUGUAUCGAUUUCGUGAUACGAGCUCUAGUUGUGAUGCUAGUAGUAAGCGAUAUGUUAUAACGAACCCACCAGAUGAUUUUUCACUACUGCCAACAGAUCAGGUAUUUGUCCUAAUGCAGUUCGAUCCUGGGCUGGAAUACAAACCACCAUCGGUACGAGCACCACCAGGUGGACGUAACACCAACACACAGGGAUCUGGGGUCGGUGGGGGUGGCUCAAACAAAGAUGAUAAUUCUUGACUGUUGCUGUGUAGCGCCUUAACUGAUGGUCCCUAUUCGUACAUAUGAACGACGGAGAAUACUUUGCUGUAUAGGAUAAUGCAUUUCUGUCAUAAUACAAUUGGCAAAUUUGUUAAGAAAAUUUAUAACAUUAUGGAUCGAUUCGGAUUGACCCAACACAAUUAGCGGAGUUGAGGAAAAUGAUCGACAUACGCACUACUUUUUGUCGAAUAAAAGCAGAUCAAUGCAUUAUCCUGUACACAAAAUAAUGUGAAACUGAUGAAAAAUUUGAAAUGACAUCUUUCAAGUGGUUUAGGAUAAGCGGUGAAAGUGUAAUAGAAAGCUAUAGUCUAGAUAGGCGGUAUAUGAACAAAUUAUUUUAUUGUAGAGCUGUUUUGAGUUUCUUGGAAGUUACAAACACAGGGAAACUGAGAAAGCAAGUGCGAUACACCUAGGGAGUUUUGUGAGAAUCAAAGUAAUAAAAAUGAUAAAAGUAGUUCAGCGCAAUGAGAACAACUUCGAUCACUUCAAGAUGCCAUUUCAAAUUCGAAAGUUGCUCCGUCAUUCGUUUGUUUAUACAUUGCUUCCCACACCAUUCCGGAUUUUCUUUUUUAUUCUUGAUGUUUUUGUUGUGUUUCGGUUUUAAUCUUUUUCGUUUAAUGGAUUUAAUGUACUUGAAAUGGAAACUUUAAUAUUAUGAAACCAUGUUAUUCGUUUGAUUUUAGAAGUAGUUGAAUUUUCAUUGAAUGUUUUCCACUCCGUUUUCUCAGAUAAACGAUUCAGCAAUAUUUUCCUUCUGUAAUAAUCAAAAAAUAUAGAUGAAUUCAUUUUCAACAAUUUUUGUUUGUCUUCAUAUACGAAAAUGCAUAUUUGAUCACAGUGGUCAGUUUGAAUGCUAAUGAAACAGUAAAACGAAAAAAGAUUUCAAAAUUCAUUCAUUUAGAAUUAGAAAAUUCAGCAGAUUUUUGUUUAACGUUGUUCUGCAUGAGGUAAAAUGGAAAGUUUACUUCUUUUCAAGUUUAAUUUUCUUUUUCUAAUGAAGCUACAAAAUUUCUGCUAAUUGAUGAAACUAUUAUACCUAAUUUGAUUUGAUUUUUCUUUUUUUUUUAAUUUUGUAUAGUCUAAAACUUUAUAUUCAGUACCUAUCUAAGUACCGAUGUUGUGCCAAAAAAAUCUUCAACGACCAGGGCUGCCGACUGAAAUUGUGAAAACUGAGAGAGGAACAAUCGACUGAGAAUGAAAGUGUGAAAGAGGGCAUAAAUUAUCUACAUCUACAUUUCCAGUAUUACUUCUAAUUUAUUUUAUUGUAUAUGAUUUGGUUAUUGUUAUUUUUUAAUUAUAAUUUUACUAUGUCGUUCAAAAGCAUGCUUCUUAUUUUAAAGUGGUGUGCUGGAAGCAAUUGGGAACCAUUAGGAAGGUAAGCUACACUUUAACAUAAACGCGAUAAUCGAUAAGUACAGAGAUAAAAGUAGGUAAAUAGUAAGCGAAAGAAGACUUUAAAGUUAAACAGAUAAACUCACACGUAGAAAAAUCAUGGCGGGUAUCAGCAUAACAGAAUUUCAUUAUAAUCGUCGAUGUAUAUAUGAAAUAUUACAAUUUAUAUAGUAAAUCGAACUACAAUAUGUGAUGUGCAGGAAGCACAAAACAAGAAAACAAAUGGCAGAUUGCUGCUCCACUGAAAAAUACGAAACUUCAUAACUAACAUGACGAUGAUCAUUUCAAGGCAAAUUAAUCGGUAUCUUUGUAAAUGGGAGGAGGAGAUCUGAAGAAACCUCUGGGCUAUUCAAUAAUAAAGUUACCCUAGAAGUUUACACGUAAAUAAAAGAACAAAACUGAAAUGGCCAAAAAUAAAAUAAUCCAUUAAAGUAUGUAAAAUAAUUGACACUUGCUUUUCAAAUCGUACAGAAAAUAGGCAUACGAAGAUAACAAUGAAAAUUUAAAACAAUCAAAAAAUUUACUGGAAUAGUUAGACGUGCGGAAAUCAUAAAUUUCACCGUAUAAUCUAUUGCGAAAAGCAACUUAGAAAGCAAGAUACUAGAAAUUACGCGCGUAUAUCUUAGGACAGGAAAAAUUAGGUAACAAGACUAGGUUCGCGGUUGUUUGUUACUGUAUGUAAAAAUUAACGUAAUCAUCUCAUUGUAAGGAUAUUCAUGCAAAUAGCUAUUAUUUCGAAUGUUUAGAAAUUGAAUAUUACAAAUUAUACAUAUAUGAGAAAGCAUACCAGGAAAGUAAGAGAAUUAUUUAAAAUUGCAUAAGUAAAUAUUACAUUUUUUAUAAAAAUACUGAAUAAAAACUACUGAAAAAAAUUAACAGAA